AAAUAAUUUGAAUUUUUUUGAGAUUGCGCAGUUGAUAAAACUCCAUUUAAUCUUGAAGAGAAGUAACGCCAGUUAUGAUUAUUUAUUAUUUAACCUAAAUUAAUCCCACAAUUAACAGUUAAAUACGUCUUUAGUCAUUUGUGAAUUUGAUAUAUUGUCAUAGAGAGAAAAUGACGUAAUGAGCUUAAGGAAAAGGAGGACUGAACAAACCUUCGCGAUGGCUGCUAAUUCCAUAACCGUUCAGUGGAAUGCGCAUUACUCUGCCCUCCUCCACCUGCUAAAAAAUGCGAGAAGAGAGGGUUGGUAUUGUGAUGCAACUGUCCUGUGCAACGGCAAGUAUUAUUCUGUGCACAAGUUUGUCUUGGCAGCGUGCAGCGAUUACUUUGAAGAGAUGUUUGACAAGAUCAGCGGCAAACACCCCAUGAUCGUCAUGACGGACAUGAAAACGGCUCGUCUGGAGGCACUGCUGUCCUACAUGUACGAGGGGGAGGUUGACAUCAUGCAGGAGGAUUUGGCCGGGUUCAUGGAGACUGCGGAAGCCUGGAAGGUCAAGGGCUUGUCCAGCUCCAGCGACGAGCAGGAGCAAGCAGAGGGCGGAAGGAGAGGCCAGAAUGCCCCGACCGAGCGGCACGUCUCUCCUCCAGUGGCGGAUCAAGUGCAGGAGUACAGCAAGCGGAGAAUGGCCCUCAACAACGACUGGCAGAAGGCGAAGCGCAUGAGGUACACCGAGAUGAUCAGAGACCUGCCCCCAAUUUCGGUCACGGAAGAGCCCUUUUCGCAGAAUGCCUGUGGGGAGUUGGGGCACAACCCUAACAUACCCAGCAUUGUUCCAGGCUCUGCUGUCAGUCUGAGUGCACCCAUGAAAGCUUGCAGUGCCGCUGCUGAGGUCAAGAAAAAUGCCGAUCCUAAUAGAAGCCCAGGAGGUGUUCAGGCUCAGCAGGGAGAGAGUAAUAAGGUUCAGCGUAAAGGGGAGAGUCAGAACUGCGUCGAUGAUGCUGGUUCAGACGUUUCAGCGGAGGAUAUUAUGGUAGUGGAUUUGAAGUUAGAACCCGGAGAAGUAGUAGAAAAUUUUGGUACAUAUCAGGCAGGCCCUUUUGCUACUCCAUCAGCUAGAUAUUCCCUUGACACCCCGAGUAAUAAUGACUGUGUUCAAGAUGGUGUGAGCGACUAUCACCAAGUAAGAGGCAGACGUAAAUCGAAGACAGGAGGAGAUAAUAGCAACACACAAAUCCAGGUCACGCCACUGUCGUCGGUUCAGAGAGAGUGUGUUGAGUUAAGAGAUUUUCAGCAGCUGCAGGGUGCAGCCAAGCUACCGAAAGGCCAGAGAAAAUACACAAAAGAUAAUGCAUCAUCUGUUGUCUCAAGCCAACUAGAUACCCCAAAGAGUGCAGCAUCCAAGGGGAAAAGAAAAACUGAAGGUCCAAAGCAGAACCUCCUUCUCACUGGGGGAAAGAGGAAAUAUACAAGAAAGAACACAAAGGUCAAGCAAACAAAUCCCAGUGGUGGAAGCAGACCUGAUAUGGGAAAGGAAGGCGUACCAAAGAGAAAAGUUGGACGGCCUCGCAAGAUAAUCCAGCCUCCCGUUUCUAACAGUGACAGCACUCCAUCCUCAGUAAUACCUAAGCAAACAGAUGAGAUGCAGUCUAUGCAUGUUGGAGGAGAAGAGAGCAUAAGCUCUCCCCCGAACUCCAAGCAAGUGAAGGAUCAGAAUCUCUGUCCCGAGUCCUACAAGGAAAAUGAAAGAAUAGAGAAGUCACCGCUGCCCGAAGUUUCACAACUGGAAACUGUAGCUCCCUUUACAAGCUUGCAGUGUAGAAAUGAAAACUCAGUUACACCUCCUGUGACACUGGAACCUCCUCCAGAGGAAAACACAAACAGAUCGCAGAGCAGUGCUAGGCGAUUAGCAGCAUCCAAAAGAAGAACGAGUUUACUGAGGCAGUUCCGAAAGGAAGCCCCCGUUGUUUCCGAAAAUUCCCAGCCGUCCUCAGAGGAAGAACAGAAUAGAAAAUCUCAGAGUGCCACACAAGUUGGAGGGAAAGUGCCGUGGAUUAACCGCAAGAAAAGAAUCCCCAACUCGAGAAGAUGGUCAAAACCAAAGAAAAAUAAGUCAUACAAGAAGUUACGCAGAGCUAGUGCAAAAGAGCCUGGUAAGUUAUUGAGAGAAUCAGACACUUUAUCAGUGGAAUACGACAAAACAGAGAUGGUUUCCAGUAGAUUGUUAACAGGAUCUGAUGACGUGUUAACAGAGUCAGAUAAGACAGAACCACCUCCAAAUAAGAUGACGUUGGGAUCGCCCUGUUCGGAAACUGAAAGUCCACAUCAAGAGGAGUCAGCAGCACAAGGGGCAGUUCCUUCAGUAGAGGUCGCAGAAAUUGGAAACCAAGAGAACGCGAGCCUAUCUCUUGAAGAAGGGGAAGCCCCAAAGGAAGGAAAUAAUGAACAACAGAAGUCUUUGAAAGAUGAUGAAGCUGAAGUUGGCAUCGAGACAGAGGAUCACCCUCUCGUUCCAUUGCCAGUUCUUUUUUUAUCGAGUCCAAUGCCGGAGAGAGAGAAACUCCACUGUAGUCAGUUGUCCACGAGCGAGCAUAAUGAUUCAAUCGGAAAGAUACAAAAGAUUUCAGAAAUUUAGUUCGAGAAGUGAGACUGGCCUCUCACUUUCUUUAUGUUAAAAAAAAGUUAUGUUCAAUUGUAAAUUUUAUUAAUCUUUCUUUGUUUCUUUCUCUCUUUCUUCCUGUACCCUGUCUCCUGUUAUGAACUUUUUGAUAUUUAAAAUAGGUUUUUGCAGAAAACAGGACAUGACUUACAUUAGCACCCUUGUGAGCGAGACACUUGUCAUAAGAGAUAUAAAAGCUCCUAUGACUCAGAACCAACACUUUUAUUAAUAUUUAAAGGAAAUUACACAUGUAUUCUUCUUGAUGCAGAAAAAGACAGCUAGAACAGCUAAUCCACAUUUUUUUGUCCAAGUCCUAAAUGAUUUACUAAAAUCCUCCUCAUUCUAUAGGCAUUAAGUACAAAAUUUAUUAUCCUUGUGCAUUUUCUUUCCAUUUUGCGAGGACAUGAUAUAACGUUGUUGUCUACUUUUGGCUUCACAACAGUUUUUAACACAAGGUGUGCUCUGGGAGGUGUUUGUACUGUAGUUUCACUCACAGAUUAUUUUGUCUGUCCUUUAUUUUCCUGAAAAGAAAAGGAAAAGUCUACCAAAAAUAUAUGUAAUAUAUCAUAUAGAGUAUUUUUAGUUAGCUGUAAGUGAAUGGUCUGUUAAUUUUUUUUGUUUUUAUUGAUUUUGGGUCUUAUUUUUAUAUUAAUGUUAUUGAUGUUGAGUCAGUAUAUACUUAAGCACGAGACUUCAUUAAAUAAGUGUAGAAAACAGUGUCAGUAUACGAAUAUUGUUUACCAAAAGCUUUUUGUCUCUUGUAGAUUACUGUAUGUAUGGGUACAUAAUGAAAGGAAAAUUGUGAUAAAGAAUAAUUCUCAACAAAUUUGACAAUCUGUAUGAAAUUUUUACUUUCAAAUUAUUUUGAUACACUAGAAGGUUCACUUGAUUUAAGAAGUAUUCAUUGGUAUUACUUCUGUUCUGUAUAUAUAUUAAUUUGAGUUGCAGAUUCAGAAUAUCUUGUAUGCUGUAGUGCCGUGUGUUACUUUCGAUCUGGACAAAAUAUCUUUAUUCUUCAUACUGAUACUAAUAUGUAGAUGAAGAUUAAACAUUGGUUAAGUGC